AUGAAUUACUUAUUAGAGUAACCAUUUCAAUAUCGAUAACUCAGAUCUUAAUCACUCAGUCCUUAUAACGACUCCAAUCUCAUAAAACAACUAAAGAGAUAACUCCAUUAUCCACCUUCAAAAUAUACGUAAUUGUCAUCUUUUGAGUAUAUAUAAAACUCAGAUUAAGAUGAAACAAAUGUUAUCAAUUCAGGUUAAUGUUUGUUUAGAAUAUAAUUUAGAUUCUAUUUAACAUUACUCAAAGAUGACUAAAGAAAGAAAAAAUUCAUUAGUUGUUGAUUCUGAUCAGAUCACUUUAAAAUAAGAUGCAGCAUUAAGUGCAGACACAAAUUAAGUUAAAAUGAUUGUACCAAAACUUGUAGUAGUUAAAUAAUUGAAUUAGAGACUUGCUAGAAAAAGAAAGAAAAAGAUAAAUCCACUUAACCCUUAAGAUUGUAACGAUGAAGACAUAUUACAUCAGACUAUUGUUGUAUAAACAAAUAAUAUAAUAUUAUAAAAUGAUGUCAAAAAAGAAAACAAAUCCAUUUUACCCUAAAUCAAGAAAUAAAAACUAUAAAUUGAGGAAUAGCCAAUCAAGAGAUCUGCAAGAUAUGAAUAAUUGAUGGUAUUAAAAUAGUAAUUUAGAAAAAAUCUUUAGAUGAUUAAUUAGUAGAACUCUAAUCCUUAAUUAAGAAGAUGCAGAAGUAACCAAUCAAUAAGAAAGAAAAAAAAGUGACUUUUCUUCUCUGA